AUGGUUGUUGGACUUCUUACACCUCGGUCACAGUGUGUUAGGGUCAACGGCACCAUGUCAGAGGUUCUCCACAUGGUUGCUGCCUGUCUCCACUCCUCUACACUGUACACAGACCAGUGUCCAAGUCUGCACCAGGACAGACGAUUCAAUCAUUGUCAGCCUGCUCUCUGGGGAGGAGCAGGACCAUGGAGCAGGACCAUGGAGAAGGACCAUGGAGCAGGACCAUGGAGCAGGACCAUGGAGCAGGACAAUGGAGCAGGACCAUGGAGCAGGACCAUGGAGCAGGACCAUGGAGCAGCACCUUUCUUUGGCGCAUGA